UUAAGUCGUACUCGUUGUUGAUAAACUAAGCUAGAUAGUUAUGUAUCGGAUUUAAACCUGGGACUGCAGUGUGUUUAGUAAAUUUUAUUCAAUACAGUGGAGAAGGACACGUUUUAUAUUUAGCGGAUAUACAUUUGGACGUACAAUGGAGGUUCCCGGUAAGAAACUCCAUGAGGAUGGCCCCGCAUUGGACGCGGCGUACUGUCAGCCCUGCUCCCAGGAUGGGGAAACUCUUCCAGCCGAGGCUUACUGUACUGUCUGCAAGGAGCUCUUGUGCUCAACUUGCGUUAAUGUUCAUAAAAAGCAAAAAAUGUUAAAAUCGCAUACACUCUUGGAUAGGAGCUGCAGGCCAACAACUUUGAAGGCUAAGUCAGAUGUACAAACAUACACAGAGCUUUGCGACAUCCAUCCUGAAGAGCUGAUCAAAUAUUUUUGCCCCUCCCACCAGACACUCAAUUGUGGACACUGUUUAGCCACAGAUCAUAGAGCAUGUCCUAUUGACAUCAUCGCUGAUAUUUCAGAGGCAUUUAAAGAUGGACAGGAGUAUAGAGACAUGAAUCAAGCCAUUGCCCUACUGAUUAAGGCUAUCAAAGACGGUGCCGUCGACGUUGAAUCUAGAAUGCAGCUCAUUAACGAGUUUUCUGAAAAUGAAGUUUUAAAAAUACGGGAAUACCGAGUAAAAGUUAACAAGUACUUUGCAGAGAGGGAAAGCUCCCUUCUGGAGAUCAUAGAGCAAACGAAAAUGAUGGAUAUAUCUCUUUUAGACUCUUUGAAAACCAAAUUUGACAAUAUGAAGGACUGCGUUGAGGUCAUUAAGACGAAACUUGAAGCACAGGAAAGAAACACUGCUCAAUUGUUCAUUGAAGCCAAGAGAACCAAGAAACAGCUUGAAAGUCUGCAGUCCGCCUGGGAAGAUAUCGACAAGGAUAUUUCUAUUCACCGCUACGAGUUUAAAAAGGAUCUAGCAACUGAGGCGUUGCUUGCUUCAUGUACUGGCCUCGGAACGGUGAAGGCAAUGGCAACUAAAGAUAACACGUUAUACAACAAGCCAAGUUCAGAACCUGAUCAAGAACAGCUGGGUCUUGAGCCGGAUGUUCCAGUCAAAGUUACAGGUGUUCAGUCUGAAGCUAGUGUCUACCCUAUCAACAUGAAGUUCACAACAUCCAAAUCCAUCUCAGUCAUAUCGCCAUCUGACAAGCAUGAUUGCUGGCUGACCAAUGUACUCCUUCUGUCCGAGGACAGAAUACUACUAACUGACAAUAACACCACAGUUAAGUUUGUUGACCUGCAGACCAACAGCCUUGUGUCCACGGUAAGUCUGCCAGGUAAGCCAUGGGGAAUGUGUCUGCUCCCUUUGGAUCGGGUUGCUGUUAGCGUACCUCAUAACAGUUUUCAGUUUGUCAAUACACGGGGAAAGCUCUCCCUGAGUAAUAGUAUCAAGAUGAAGGAUGACUGUCGAGGAAUUGGUUACCAUAAUGGCAAGUUAAUUGUGUCUUACUACAGGGGAAGGGUUAAAAUAAUGGACAUGAAUGGGAAUGUGACAAAGAGGAUAACCAAUUAUAAAUCUGGACAACAUGUGUUCAGUAAACCUUUGUACCUGACAGUUGUCAAUGAUGGCAAAACAGCAGAUAUCAUUGUGUCUGACAGGGAUAUGCACACCAUUACUAAGCUUGACAUGGACCUGAAUCUUCUCCAGAUAUUCCAGGACCCUGCACUGAGAGGACCACUAGGCAUCAAUGCAGUGGGAAGCCAGCUUCUAAUCUGUGGUCAACAAAGUAACAACAUAAUAUGCCUGGACAUGUCCAGUGGCCAGGUGAGCCAACCACUGGGGAAGAAGGAAGGAAUACUGCGCCCAUAUCAUGUCUGCUCCAAUCAGCAGAAAAACAGGCUCUACGUCACUUGUAACAUUGAGAACUUUGCUAAAUUGAACAAUACAGUGAAAUCAUACAAGGCUGUUGGGCAUUUCAAAUCGGAUGUUUAAACUGCACAUGACUUAUGCAAAUAAAUGAAAGAGCUUAUUUUAAACAUUUAAUUAAUGGUCCUAUUUGCCUUGUCUGAUAAUUGAUAUUGAAGUUCGUUAUACAUGAAAUUACAUAGUGUUUUAAAAACAAAAGAACUUUUAUCGUCAAACAGAUCAACACUCUGCGAGAUAUUUGUUAGAGUAAAUGAAAUGUCGUCGAAAGAUAUGUUGAAGAAGAAAGCAUGUGGCAAUAACUGGCGAAAUUGUUAUCACAAUGGAUGUUUAGGGAAUGUCUCAACGUACUUGGUUCCCUUCGGUAUUGGAUCGAGAACAGUCAUUUAUUGCACAAAUGAUUAUUUACCUUUAAUGGUGGUCGGAACCCUUUUCCUUUAUGUGAAUCAGUGAUGGAUAGAUAGAAUACUGUGUGUA